UUCAUCAAAGAUGUUGGUUUGGCAUGCUUCUUAAUGACUUGCCAUAGCCUGAAGGGAAACGAAUUGUCAAGCACGCACGUAGCAUGGAGAGAUCGGAUUGAACUUGUAUGCCCCAUAAGGAAUGACGGUCUUGAAUUGUGGGUCUCCACUGGUGACUGCUGGACAAUUGAUCCAACUGCUUCCACGGUUGAUUUAAAGUUGGUGGCUGCCAGGUUAAGCGACGCAAACUUGUAUGACGAAAGUUCGUACCAGCUAGGAACAACUAAUGGUCAGCAAACCGCUGCAGUGAUGCAUCAGAAUUUCGAAAGUCUCAUUCUUUUCAUCAAUCGUUUCCAAGCCAUGAUUCCCGUUGCUUUCAUUCUUGGCUUUUACGUGGCACUGAUAUUCGCCCGGUUCUGGCACCAGUUUAUGGUGAUUCCUUGGGUGUUGAAAAUAGCAAUUGGUCUGACUGCACAUCUCCCUGGAUCGGAUGAACGUCCGCGUCUGCUGCGCAGAACUUGUAUGCGGUACCUCAUGGGAAGCCUUAUUCUGACAUGCACUCGCGUGAACCUCGUAGCCAAGAGACGCUUUCCCAAUCUCGACGCCUUUGUCACCGCAGGGGUGUUUACGGAGGAGGAGACGAAGUUGCUAGAUGGCAUGGAGCUUCAUUUCCAGCCGUUUGCACCGAUCAUCUGGACUACCUCUCUUAUCACUCUCGCAGAAAAGGAAAAAAUCAUUACCAAUGAACAUGCCCUCGUUUUUCUAAUUGCGGAGGUGAACAAUCUCCGUCAGGGGCUACUCAACGUGUUCUUCAUGGAUUAUGUUUGUGUUCCUUUGGUCUACACGCAGGUUGUGACGCUUUCAGUCUACUCAUAUUUGAUUGCGUCGCUAAUCGGAAGACAGUAUAUCAUGACCAGUUCCACAAUGCGCGAUCAGAACAACCACGAUUUCUACUUCCCUUUUUUCACCACCCUUGAACUGAUCAUCUACGUUGGAUGGCUCAAGGUUGCUGAGACUUUGGUUAAUCCAAUGGGCGAGGAUGACGAGGAUAUCGAUAUCAAUGAAGUUAUUGAUUUCAACUGGAAGGCGGCCUGGUGCAUUGUUGAUGGAGUGAAACCCAGUCCACCAGCUGUGGUUCGUGAUGCACACUGGAAUCAGACGGUCGUGGAACUGCCCCAUACCGAAGAGUCCAAAAACCUCCCUUGCCGGCCCUGUCGAGGCUCUGUAUAUGACCUAAAUUUGCAGUCAUCUACCGACUUUAUUGGAUCCCUUAUAUCUAUGACGGGUAUAAGGUCCGCUCAGGACACAUCCACUAGGUUUCCCAGUGCGAAGCGUUCCAGUAUCCUGAGCGUAUUGCGUAGACCAACCCUCCUACAUGUCCGAGAACCUUACAUCAUAGAUUCGCCAGCCUCUGAUGAGUCGGAUUUGCAAAUCUCUUUGACUGUUCCUGAACGCAUAUCGCCCUCAAAACAGCCCGUCGAACUGCAUGACGAAGAGCGCAAGUCAUCGAUUGUUCUGAGUAAGGGCUUCGCCGAAACCAUUAAAGAAGAAAGCGAAGAGGAUCUGGAGUCGUACACACAAUUGGAUAACGGUUCCAGCGCGAAACCAUCACAGUCAUCACAGGAAUCAGCUACACCUACCAACAGCUUCGUUUCUCCUGGUGCUGUUACCAGCGCAGCUGAGUUUGCUGGUAAUGGAUUUCACACUUCGCUGCCAAGUCAUUGUUUGACCGCUUCUGGCUCUCUUCCGCCCUUCAUGUGGUUGUGCGAAAAGAGCCCUUCGAGGAAAUCGGUCGACGAGCGUACGCAGCACACCGCCAACCCAGCGCAACCUAUGCAGUGUGAUCAGUUCAUCUAUCGAGGAAUUGCUGGUCCAGUGUUCCCACCAGAUUCGGGCAAUGCUCUGAAAACUUGCACGACCGAUCCCUCAUGCCAAGUGUGCAAACUGAUCUCAGAUAUUUAA